CGCUGCUCUCUCCUUAUUGGUUGCAAAAGGAAGGGACGCUUCCACCAUUGGUUGUGGUUCAAAGCAUUGUAGUUGCUGAUAGGGCAGACGGACUGGGCCUUGACGAGCCGUUCUCUGCGAGUCCCGCCUUCGUAACCAGGAACUAGAGUCGCCCCGAGUUCCUGAGGAAAGGCGUGUGGUCUAAAUCAUGUUGCUUUUUUCCCUGGGGAUCUUUCUGGGCCUGGCAGCCCGUGCAUCUUCUCUGGAUAAUGGACUGCUGAAGACCCCACCAAUGGGCUGGGUGCCUUGGGAACGCUUUAGAUGCAACACAGACUGCAAAAAUGAUCCUAACAACUGCAUCAGUGAACACUUGAUCAAAGCUAUGGCAGACAGGUUGGCUGGUGAUGGAUGGAAGCAGCUCGGCUAUGAGUAUGUCAACCUGGACGAUUGCUGGGCAGCAGACAAGAGGGAUGCUCAAGGCAGACUGCAGCCAAACCCUCAAAGAUUUCCCAGUGGCAUUAAAGCCCUUGCUGAUUACGUUCACUCAAAAGGCCUGAAAUUUGGUAUCUACAGCGACAUGGGCCGCAUGACCUGCGCAGGCUAUCCUGGGACAACCCUGGAUACUAUUGAGACAGACGCAAAGACCUUUGCAGCCUGGGGGGUUGACAUGCUGAAGCUGGAUGGCUGCUUUUCCAAUUCUUCCAUCAAGGCAUUAGGCUAUCCAAAGAUGAGCGUUGCAUUGAACAAGACGGGACGGCCCAUCGCUUUCUCUUGCAGUUGGCCAGCCUAUGAAGGGGGUCUUCCGCCAAAGGUGAAUUACACUUUGCUUGGCAAAACAUGUAACCUGUGGAGAAAUUUUGCUGACAUUGAAGACUCUUGGGACAGCCUCUUCCACAUCAUUGAGUGGUAUGGAAAGCACCAGGACACUCUGCAGCCUGCUGCUGGACCAGGAAGGUGGAAUGAUCCUGAUACGCUGAUCAUUGGUGACUUUGGCCUGAGUUACGAGCAGUCAAAAGUGCAAGUGGCACUGUGGGCUGUCCUGGCUGCCCCUUUCUUCAUGUCCUGUAACUUACGGACCAUCUCAGCCGAGGCCAGGGACAUCUUGCAGAAUCCGCUGCUGAUCUACAUAAACCAGGAUUCUCUGGGGAUCCAAGGCAAGCGUGUUACAAAGGAAUUAUCCUUCCACAAGAACCUUACCUCUCUGGGAUUUUGCAAUGUCAUUAAAAUAACGGAAGAAAACACCAGGUAGGUCAUGGAGUGGAUGGGAAGGUGGCCUGGGAAGGAAUGUCUAAACACCACCCUGUUUUUUCAUAUAUUUUUACAACAUAUGACACAUGGGCUCUGCUUCCAUCUUCUCCCAUUCCUGCUUAAUGUAUCUCACAUUGUCGCUUCUCAGUCAGUCACAUAUUCUUUGAGCCCUUUUCAAGUCUGCUAUUCUGUGAUGCUAUGAUUCCACAAUCUAUAAAAUACAACUAAUAACUGAACAGAACAUCCUCUUUAGUGUCAGCAUUUAGUAUAAACACUGCACAUGAAAAUAAACUACAAAAAUACAAGAAAAAAUCAUAGCAAACAUAGACUGAACAAAACAUCCUCCAAGCUUCAAGGAAAAAAAAAUAGGUAAAAAAAUCAACCUUAUUUUUAAACAUAGCAGACAGACAAAAGAAACUCAUUUCUUAAUAUAAUAAAAAAGCAAAAUGGUUAAAUCAGGCAGUCCUCUUUAUAGUAGCAAAUAGAGCUAUUAAGUGCUUAGAUUCCUCCCGCAAAAUAUUGGCAGGCUGACGGCACCCUAAAUGUGUCCCCUUAGAGCAGUAGUUUUCAAAUGUUUUGCAUGCAGUUUUGACCAAUGUGCGCAUUUUCACAAGCACUUCCUGCUAAUAUAAUGCAUGUUUGUAUGUUGUUUUCACUAAUAUAUUCAUUUUUAUGCACACUUUUAUGCAUUUCUGGAAACAUUCUUGGGUUGGAGAAUUGCAUCACAAAAUUCGGAUCUGUUCAGGCUUUUAAAUGUGAACUGAAUCACUACAGCCAACCCACAGACAAUGUUAGAAACUACAAAUCUGCAAUGCUGACUGCAAAAAGUGCAGCAGCCAGUUGUUCAACAUUUCAGUUCUGAGAACCGCGGGCUGUCAGACUUAUCAAUAACUUGCAGAGAUGCCAACAGAUACUACAAUGUGAGCAAAGAGGAAAAACCUCCAGACUACACCCUGGACACAUUAAUGCUAAUUGGCCUCAACCUGGAGGACAGUACUAACUUUACUAAGCUUCAGCAAAUGAAACCCUUCCAGAUACUCCAUCCUCAAAGCUCUGGAACUGCCACCUUGGAAACAGCGUCCAUUCCUUUUUAUCGGAGCAGCCAAUGAAGGUGGAAGCUGCCAUUUAUAUCAGUGUGGGGAUCUGCGAGGAUUUGGUGGACCCUCCCUCCCUCCCUCCCUUCAUCCAUUCAUCCAUUCAUUCAUUCAUUCAUUCAUUCAAUUUCUAUCCUAUCCUUCCAAAAGAAGCACAGAAAGUGGGUAAGGACAGCCGUAAGCCCCAGCGUCUGAUCCUGACAUCACAGACAGGUGCUGGGAGGUUGAGGUUCACCUGAUAGCCAGCCCGGAGCAGGGGGAAGGGGAGGCCUGCAUCCCAGAAAACAGGAUGGAGACAGCCACUUGGGAGAUUGCUAGGGCCUUAAAAGCAGGGCUGUAGUCGUCUGGAGUCUGAGGGGGUUGUCUUUUUGGGGGAGCAGGGUCCCAGCCAGGUCCCUCUGUACGAUCCAAUCAGCAUAAAAGGGGAGUGUGUUAGCCACUGAGAAGAGUCCUUGUCCUUUUGUGCUGAUUGGAGCCUAUCAGAGUGAAAGGAGCUGACUCUUCUCAGUAGCUAACACACAACCUCUCCUUUUAUGCUGACUGGCUCCUAGAGGCAUCUGUUGUAGUAGAGUGUGGACCCGCAGAAUGACAGGAAGAGCAAGAGAGACGAGGGAAUUGGGAAAGGGGGUGCGGCUGUGAAGGUGUGUGGCUGUCACUGCAAUGAAAGGACUCUGCACUUCUGAAUGUGCCAUUACACUGCUGCUUAAAAGACUCAGAGCACAGGUCUGAAAUUAUAUUCCUGUGGGAACUAACAGAUGGGCAACAAAAGUGGAUCCUGCAAGCACUUGCGUUUUGCAAAGAGACUUACACUGCAAGGCUAGAAGGAUAAACACCCAGCGUCUCCUAGUCAGUGGCCUGAAAAUCUCGCCGCCCUUUCUACGUUUGAACCAUGGCUCAUAAUCUCAUUUAGAUACCUAUUUGGACAUAUUGACUGCCUACAGGAGUGCAUGCAUUUAAGUAAAGAUUGAUGGAAUAUUUUUAUUGUUAACGUCAGCUGCUGAUGUUUCUCUCCCCCCCCCCCAUUAUAUCUGCAAA